UUGAAGGACCAUGGCUACACAGAUGAAUUGAUGGACUACGUGACACCCCAUAUCGUGGUGCAGGAUUGGUCCGAUGUCCUCUACCCGAAUCCUCGUUACAACUACAGACUGACCGUGAAGCUGCUGGCUGCAGAUUUUAAAGCCCUCUAUACCUGCUAUAUCUCGAAUGGGGAGGUAAUCAAGGACGGCACAAGGAACUGGAAAAAGACUGUGUACAUCUUCCGCAACUACCCCAGCGGAGUCCGCCACAUCCAUUUUGAGCACGGCGUGGACUAUGGAAAGCUUGCCAACAGCAGCAUCAUCGUGGGCCCGAACUUCCCAUAGAAGAAGAAGAAAACACCCUGAAGAGAAAGAAAGGGUUGUUCAGCUGCUUGAACCCACCUCACCUGGGGUUCUCUCAGUGUCCCUACGGAUCUGGGAUGCUGGUUGUGGUCCCUGCUUAAGAAGCCUA